UUAUGUUUAAGUUAAGUACAGAACUGACUGUGCGCCCAAAUUUUUGUCUGUGCUCCUAAAUGUUUUAACUUGGGCACACAAGUGCUCCUGGAAAAAAAUGUUAGUGUAGAGCCCUGAGAGUGCAGAAAUAUUUGAUAUUACAUACCAGACUACAGCAGUAUAACUCCUGUUUCUACCAGAAACACUCAGAAAGUGGAGUUGUGACUCAGGUUUAUUUACAUAACAUGAAUGUACAAUAUUUAGUAUAGGAGUAUAUUUAGUCCAGGUCUUGAAGUGGCUUCACUUCAAAUUCCCGGCAAAUCCUGCCUGAUGAAAGCAGGACGGAGCUACCCCCUGGACAGGUUGACAGACCAAACUGGUGGUGUUGCGGAAGAAGAGACAUCUGGGCGGUACGGUACUUGAGGCAGCAAAGCAGGUAUGUUAGACAAGUCAUUAUAAAGCUAUUGAAAGCCAGUGAUUGUUCAAGGUUAAUGAAUGAAUGAGUGACGUGGCAACUUACAGUACGCUGAAGCUCCCAUUUGUAUAUAUAGCAUUGGGCUAGAAAGAUUAUUUUGUGUGGUUUUGAUCUACCUGUAAGUCUCUCUGAAGGUGAGGAAGAUGGCGCAGCCUACAAGUCUGAUCCUGUGUGUUGUUGGCGUUGUGUUUGCUGCCCCAUUUCAGGUCUCAGCAGGCAUUUCAGCUAACAUUCAACAGUCUGCCAUCUCUCAUGACUUUUACAUCUACAUGGAGUUCAACACCCCACCUUUUGAAGAAUCACUCCUUGAUCCUUCUUCAGACUACUAUAAAAGCCUGAAGUCUGAUUUUGUGCAGUUGAUGGAAGAUGUAUACUGGUGCCCUGAUUGUCCCACAAAAUCUUUCUAUGGCGGAGCCACAGACGUUACCUUCAGCAAAUCUGGGUUGUCAACUGUUGUUAGAAUGACGCUUGGAUUUCGCACACAAACCAUAAAUAGCCUUCUGGUCAAAUUCCUCUUCAUUGAUGCCUUUGUACAGUCUCCAAAGAAACCUAACAUUCAGAACAUAAGAGUUGAGCGUGUGGACCAGAGCCCAACAGCCUAAUCAUGGACUUUCCUGAUGCCAGCAACAGCCACACAUUCAAACCAGCCGAGUGUGCUGUACUCAAACCAAACUAGAGGGUUCUGUAUGGUGUGUUUCUAGAACUGGAUCCAUUAAGUUGUUGUUUAGCAAUAGAUAUAUGCAUGGACUGAUAGAUUGAUAGGUAGAUAGAUAAAUAAUGAAUUGAUUGAUAAAAAUAUCUGUAACAUUAUGAUCAAUGCAAGACCAUUGUAAUGUAAUAUAUAGCAUGUCUUUCCCUGAAAGCCUCUUUAAACCCCUUUUUACAAUUGGCAACUAUAAAGGCCGAAUGUAACCCCUAUAUUGAACGUACACGUGAUCCAGUAUCAUAAUGGCUAUAACCAAAACCUUGCCACCACAAUGUAGGCACUAUAUCCUCUUGUACUAUUACUAUUGACUGAUGCAGUGAUAAUUCCUAGCUAAGGACUUAAAUGAGUCUUCCCUGGUGACCAACCAAUCCUACCCAUGGGAGCAUGAAAAGAGGAAGGCAUUGUACACAUUACUGUUGUGAUUUGGCAGGGUUUCUCCGGCAAAAUAAUAAA